AUCCAAACUAAACUGAAGUUAAACAAGAACUCCUUUACCGUAAACAAGUUACCGAUCUUAAUUCUUCUGAGCAGAAGAAGAAGACAUUGCCAAAUAAUAAUAAACAAUUAAAUAGCCAUUAGUUAAGGUUGUAUCUUGCGUGACGACGACGGAGAACAACAAUAAGCUGCAAAUUCAAUCCAUCAAUCGGAGCUAACAAUGGCUAAACAAGAAGGGACUGAAAGAUCCAUUCUCCAAUUCGCGCCGUUUCAGAGCCUCGUCGAUGAGGGUUUCUGGCACAGGUUGUCUUCCUUGAAGCUCAACAAGUUUGGAAUUGACGAUUCUCCUGUUGCCAUCACCGGCUUCUAUGCGCCUUGUUCGCAUUCUCAGGUAUCGAAUCACUUGACUCUUCUUGCGGAAUCCUUGCCUAGUGAUGAAAGUGCGCAAUCUUCUGUCCCAGCAGUCUCUGGCGGUAACAGGAAUAGAUGCUCUGUUCCUGGCAUUCUUUACAACACUAAUACAUUGGAGGCCUACCGCGCCCUGGAUAGAAAAAUCUUGCUUAAGGAGGAAGCCAAGAAGAUUUGGGAAGACAUUGGCUCUGGAAAAGCUGUUGAGGACAGUGCAGUACUGUCAAGGUUCCUUCUUAUUUCAUUUGCAGACCUGAAAAAUUGGAACUUUCGUUACUGGUUUGCUUUCCCUGCUCUUGUGCUUGAUCCUCCUGCAACAGUUGUUGACUUGAAGCCUGCGUCGCAAUGGUUUACCUUUGAAGAGGCAGAAUCUGUGUCAGCAGCUUGUAAUGAAUGGCGUAACUCAAGCUUAACUGCUGGUGUGCCAUUUUUCCUGGUCUGUAUUGCUUCUGAUUCACAUGCUACUAUUAGGCAUCUGAAGGACUGGGAAGCUUGCCAACGUGAUGGGCAAAAGGUGCUAUUUGGUUUUUAUGACCCUUGCCAUCUUCCUAGUAAUCCUGGUUGGCCUUUGCGCAACUUUCUAGCACUGAUUUCUUCAAGAUGGAAGCUCAAAACUGUCCGCUUCUUAUGCUAUAGAGAGAAUCGUGGUUUUCCAGAUCUGGGGCUAUCCCUUGUUGGUGAAGCCUCAAUCAGAGUUCUACAAGGUAGAGCGGCAGAAAUUGGUAUCUCUCCAGGUCUGCAGUCUGUACCUAAUGCAGUAGGAUGGGAGCCUAUCAAAGGUGGACCCAGGGUUAUUAACCUUGCUAAAUCCAUGGAUCCAACAAGGUUGGCCAUAUCUGCAGCAGAUUUGAAUUUAAAACUAAUGAGGUGGCGUGCUUUACCUUCCCUUAACUUGGAUAAUUUAUCUUCUAUUAAGUGUCUUCUACUGGGGGCUGGUACACUUGGAUGCCAGGUUGCCCGCAUGCUUAUGUCUUGGGGCGUCCGGAAAAUUACAUUACUUGACAAGGGAAGGGUGGCAAUGUCUAACCCCUUAAGGCAGUCGCUGUAUACAUUGGACGACUGUCUAAAUGGAGGUGAUUUUAAGGCCAUGGCAGCUGUUAAAAGCCUCAAACGAAUAUUUCCUGCUGUGGAAGCAGAAGGUGUUGUGAUGGGUAUACCAAUGCCUGGACAUCCAGUUAGCAGUCAAGAAGAGGAGAGUGUGCUUGAAGAUUGUAGACAUUUGCAUGAAUUGGUUGAUUCUCAUGAUGCAGUAUUUUUGUUGACUGAUACAAGAGAAAGUCGAUGGCUUCCUUCUCUCCUCUGUGCAAAUGCUAAUAAGAUUGCUAUAACUGCAGCUCUGGGAUUUGAUAGCUUCCUUGUUAUGCGGCAUGGACCUGGUCCGCUUAGGUCAGUUCACGACUUGAAAACUGAAGCUAUGGACAACCUUGUUGUGCCUGAUGGAGAAAGGCAUAGAUUGGGCUGUUACUUCUGCAAUGAUGUGGUUGCACCGACGGAUUCAACUGCCAAUCGCACUUUGGACCAGCAAUGCACUGUUACACGUCCAGGGCUUGCUCCUAUUGCUUCAUCUUUUGCAGUUGAACUUUUUGUCAACAUCCUGCAUCAUCCUAAUGGGAUAUUUGCAGAAGGUGAGAUUGCAAACUCCAUUAACAGUGAAAACAUUGAGCAACCUCUUGGUAUUUUACCACAUCAGAUUCGGGGUUCUCUCCAUCAGUUUUCCCAGAUGACACUUGUAGGCCAUGCUUCUAAUAGUUGUACUGCUUGCUGCAGCACUGUGGUAUCGGAAUAUCGUAAAAAUGGAAUGGACUUCCUGCUCCAAGCAAUUAAUCAUCCUACCUAUCUGGAGGAUAUCACUGGACUCACAGAGUUGAUGAAGUCAGCUAGCGCUUUUAAACUGGACUGGGAUAACGAGACGGAUGAUGAUGAUGAUUGUAUUGAAUUAUAAACUCCUGUUUAGUUUCCUAAUUACUCUUAGUAGCACAUUGUUAAUUGUAUAUUAUACAUCAAAGUCAGUUCAUCAACUUUGAUUUGUUCAAACACAUGCAUAACAUCACCAUAAUCAUGAAAAAUACAAGGUUCUUUCAACUUUA